AACAUCCAUUUUCUUAAAAAAAAAAAUGUGUAAUGAAAUUGUUUUAAUUCAAAUUUGGUUUUAAAACGAAAAUUUUAAUUCUAUAUUAAUUAUUAAAAAUCGACCAAGAGAUGUCUCAGAGAUUUUUAACUAUAACGAAGAAAGUCGAAAGGCUGUUGAUGAACGGCAUUCGGACUGGUCGUUUGGACAAUUUUACAUUACAACGCCAUUUGAGUCUUCUGAGCCGACGUCAAGUACUACCGAGCCUGAGCUCCGCGCUGAGGCAAUGGACAAAUUUCAGUGAAAAACCUCCCACAGGUUUUGAAAAAUAUUUUGACAAGAAUAAUAAAAAAAAAGACGAUGAUAAGCCUAAAAAAUCGAACCCUUCAAUUGACAGUGAGAUUAGAAAAAGGCUAAAUCGUAUGUCACAAGGAUCUAGCGGUUCAUCAGGGGAUUCUGAUAAAGAAAAAUGGAUUCUCUAUAGUGUUGCCGGUGCGAUCGGCUUAAUAAGUCUAUUUGCAUUUUAUAACAUGAGCUACAAAGAAAUCACGUGGAAAGAAUUUGUUAAUAACUAUUUAAAUCGUCACGUGGUUGAUAAAUUAGAAGUCGUCAAUAAGAAAUGGGUUCGUGUUCACCUUCAACCAGGAUCGUCAGUCGAUGGAAACGCAACGUUAUGGUUCAACAUUGGUAGUGUGGAUUCGUUUGAAAGAAGUUUGGAAAAUGCACAAGAUGAACUCAACAUAGAACCGGCAAAUUUCAUACCCGUAGUUUAUAAGACCGAAAUAGAAGCCAGCAGUUUUUCAGGAUUCCUUCCGACGUUACUGUUUAUUGGAUUUUUGUUGUUCAUGAUGAGGCGUUCAGCCGAAAUGAUGACCGGCCGUGGUGGAAAGCGAGGCGGUUUGUUCGGAGGAGUAAUGGAAUCGACCGCUAAGCUUGUUGACCCUAAAGACAUUGACGUUCGUUUCAAGGACGUUGCUGGUUGCGAGGAAGCCAAAAUCGAAAUUAUGGAGUUUGUAAACUUCUUAAAGAAUCCCCAACAAUAUCUGGACCUCGGGGCGAAAAUUCCCAAAGGAGCGAUGCUCACGGGACCUCCUGGUACUGGAAAAACGCUCCUCGCCAAGGCAACAGCCGGGGAAGCGGACGUUCCGUUUUUAUCGGUAUCUGGUUCCGAAUUCCUCGAAAUGUUUGUCGGCGUUGGUCCAUCCAGAGUCAGAGAUAUGUUUGCUAUGGCUCGUAAAAACGCCCCUUGUAUAUUAUUCAUUGACGAAAUCGACGCGGUCGGUAAAAAAAGAGGCGGUCGUAAUGUAGGCGGUCAUUCUGAACAAGAAAAUACAUUAAAUCAGCUUCUUGUUGAAAUGGACGGAUUUAACACCACUACUAAUGUGGUUGUAUUGGCUGCGACCAACAGAGUUGAUGUGUUGGAUUCGGCCCUUAUGCGACCCGGCCGUUUCGACAGGCAAAUAUAUGUGCCAGCGCCAGACAUAAAAGGACGCGCUUCUAUUUUUAACGUCCAUUUAAAACCGUUGAAAACCAAUUUAGACAUUUUGAGCACUUCGAGGAAAUUAGCGGCUCGCACGCCUGGCUUUACUGGAGCUGACAUUGCUAAUGUUUGCAACGAAGCCGCUUUAAUAGCCGCAAGAGAUUUGUCCGACAGUAUCACAAUGCAUCAUUUCGAACAAGCUAUCGAACGAGUGGUUGCCGGUAUGGAAAAAAAGAGCAGAGUAUUGCAAGCGGAUGAAAAGAAAAUUGUCGCUUACCAUGAAGCUGGCCACGCCGUUUGCGGUUGGUUUUUGAAAUUUGCUGACCCUCUGUUAAAAGUGUCCAUCAUACCGAGGGGCAAAGGUUUAGGUUACGCCCAGUACUUGCCCAAGGAACAAUAUUUGUACUCAAAACGACAAUUGUUUGACCGUAUGUGUAUGACCCUAGGCGGUAGAGUAUCUGAACAAGUUUUCUUCAAUGAAAUCACGACUGGGGCUCAAGACGAUUUGAAGAAAGUCACCGAGAGCGCAUAUGCACAAGUAGCGCACUUUGGUAUGAACGAAAAAGUAGGAAACGUGAGUUUCGAUUUGCCGCAGCCGGGAGAAAUGACAUUUGAAAAACCGUAUUCAGAAACGACCGCUCAUCUAAUCGAUUCGGAGGUUAAAGAGCUGAUAUCGUCGGCCUAUAAACAAACAAUGGAACUCGUCAAGAAGCACAAGAGCGACAUUGAAAAGGUCGCCGAAAGAUUGUUGACACAGGAAGUCUUGAACAGAGAAGAUAUGAUCGAACUAUUAGGGGCUAGGCCGUUUGAAGAAAAAUCAACGUACGAAGAAUUCGUCGAAGGCACGGGUUCAAUGGACGAAGACACUACGUUGCCCAAAGGACUCCAAAAUUGGAAUAAAAAUAAAGAUAACGACAGUAAAUCGUCUAAAGACGAAAAGUAAAAUCAAAAUUUCGUAGGUGAUGUCUUGUUUCGUAUCGAACGUAGUCCUUAAUAAAUUACAAUUAAAAAAACAAAAUUAUUUAUUAUAUUUUUGUUACAUAAUA